AUGCUGUUAUAUCUGCUUGUUCAGGUGUCAACACUGGUGAUCCCAAAAAUUCGAGCAGAUGAAGCCGGUGAGUAUACUUGCCGUAAAGCCAACGAGAAUUCAACGCUCGAGGCUGCAGUUGUAACUUUGGAUUUGCGGCCUCGACUUUUGGCGGAUUACAUGCCACUGGCGCCGACAAGCGUCAAAGAGUCAGAGACGGCUGUUGUGGCUGGUCGUCCGGUGUUUGUUGCCCUCGAAGAAGGUCGCGAGGGAGAACUCGAGUGUCGCAUCAAUCCAAAUCUGACAGUAGACAAUGUUCAUCUGACGUGGUACUUUCAAGGACGUCAAUUAAUCGCUCCUGCUUCUGCUAUUGUUGAUAACAGAUUACACCAAUCCUACGAUAAUGAACUCCCUUCAUCUGUAGUCGAACUGGAGCAGUUUAUGAACGAGCAGCGACCGGUGGAAGAUAGUCAAAUGUACAGACUUCCGUCUGGCGGUCGCCCUCUCUCAGUGGAUCCAAGCGAACUUGGAAUUUGGCUCCUUGAGAAUGGACAGGUGAGUUGA